AUGUCGACCCCGGUUCCUGUUCCAUGGCAAAUGGAAUUUCCGAGUAGCAACAUGGUUUGCAAAGUCAGCUAUCACCUCGAUAGGCCACUACCAACGAUCUACGCCGUUCCCAUCAAAGUGACUAGCGGAGUCGAACGGAGCUAUAUCAUGAGCAAGCGACUGCGACGUGAAGCUAUUCUUGAGUUUGAAGAGACGCACUUGAAAGUGCUCAAGAUUAACUCCGCCAUACAGUACUGGACUGGGAAGGACGAGAACGAUACAGGCAAGAAGUUGCCAGUCGACAGCAUUCUCUUUCUAGGCCCGGAUAAGCAACCCCCGGUCGACGUCUAUGGGCUCAUCGAGAAAAUCGGAACAGAAGACAUCCGUGUCAGUUCUGUCAGAUGGGUCAAGAACGCCGACGGAAAGCCCAGUUCACAGCCGAUCUACUGCACCUUAGGAGAAGCUGAGCCUGUUAUGAAGGAGACCGGAACGGACAAUUACUGGAAAAAGCUGGACAUCUUGAUCCGAAACUUCAUCGACGCGACCAACAUCGAAGGGGCUACUCGCACUCGGUCAAAGGAGAUUCUGAUAGAAGCGAUGCCUAAUUCAAUCUCCCCAAAAAACCACCCACGCACAAAAUCGAUAGGCAAAAAAGAUGGUGCUACUACCACUGCUGUCAUAGUUGACGUUUCGAGCAGUCCAAAAACGCCGACGAAGCCCCGGGCGAAGUCCCUUGCAAACACGCCAGAGAAGCGCACAACACAAAAGCAUUCAGAAGCUCCGAUUACUUCCGACACUGUGGUCCCUACUCUAGCUACCUUGCUGGACAACUUCACGAUCAAGGAUGCGGAAAUGGUCAGCACACUUUUCCGAAUCAAGCCCAAGUUGGAUCCGCACCAGGAAAACAUUCACUUUGAACUCGAGUUGGUACCGGGUAUUGCCCCAGGUGUGCUUUUAUCGAAGCUCAUCUUGAGUAUUUUCGGCCGUGCACUUGCUGGUCAGGGGAUUCAUCAACAUCUUGCAGACAUCCGGAAACUGCUUACUGGACUAGUAGUCACUCGAGACUACCAGCCCAUAACUGCCGGAAAAGUUGACGGCUUUGAAGGUGAGGUACAAGGCUCUGAUCUCGACGAUAUUCUGACUAGAACUUCGCCAGGCAAAGCUGGUGCCCACAACUCCGAAAUAGAUCUCGGUAAUCCCUUCAGAGAGUGCGUCAUUCGGGAUGUAAAAUUAGCCGCAGAUGUACCAAGCAUCCUUCGCGCGGAUGGAAAGCACUAUUCCGUGGUAAAGUACUUCCAAGAGGAGAUCGGGAAGAAGGUCCAGUACACGACUCUGCCACUCGCUCAGAUCGGUCCGAAUGCUUGGGUGCCUCUAGAGAUGCUGAAAACCCACCACACUCAAGCGCUCCACUCUUCGACAUUGACAACGGGACUUCUGAAUGACGUUCUGAGAUCGAAUAGCCUCACCGACAAGCCCGAGCUUUUCAAAAAUGUGACAGACGGAAUCAUAAAUGGCAUCUUCUCGGUGGACACGCGUCGAAAGAUUAUCAGUGCCAGUAAACAGAAGCCCAAACUUCACUCGAAUGCAACAGACGUAAAAUCAGUGCCGGUAAUUGCUGAUCGCAAGCCAAUUAAGGCUACCAAGGGUCCGGAGCUCAGCAUUGGGAUCAUCUAUGUCGCACCGGAAACUUCUCGAUGCAAAGACGCUGCCGAGUUUGUUGCGGACGUCGAUCGCAGGAUUCGUGGCCCUGUCCAGAAGUCCAAGAAGCACGCGCAAACCGCUCUCAAGACCCUCAAUCUUGACGAGAAAUUCUACUCCUCGGGUUCACUUAUCGCUAUCAUUUCAGAUAUCAAGCCUCUACUACUCGCUGGAUCCAGAGGUGACUCAGCUGUGCACGCUUUCCGCACCCGAAAACCAACAACGAUUUUGGCCAUUAUUGACACUGUCGGCCGGACCAAAUAUGACGUACGCAACAUCAAGGCAGAGUUGCACAAGUUCGGUGACCGCAAAAUUGGUGCAGUGACGCACUGCACCACGCGACAGUCUCUUGGAAGGCUUUUGGACGACAACAAAGCUAUUCCAGGCUAUUUUCCUUUGGGCACUUUGUGGAGACUCAACAGCAUGCACGGCGGUCAAAAUUUCAGCAUUGAACGAGAGGAUUUACCUGGCAACACGGGAUUCAUGGUUGUUGGCGCGCACAUCUCUCAUCCCGGUCCAAAUGCGUCCCAACACUGCCCGUCAGUAGCAUCGGUCGUUUCCAAUCUGAAUCAGGACCUGACCACAUACCCUGGAGCUGUGCGCAUACAACAAACUCUGCGUUCUAUCGAAACGAAGAACGGUCGUUUGGUACAUCAUGUGGAGCCGAAGAUCCUUCAGCUAGAGGGAAUGAUGGUGGAGAGGUUCAGGGCCUGGAAGAACAAGAACAACGGCUUGAUACCCAGAGUUAUCUUCUACCGAGAUGGCCUCGACAUUGUCCGAAACAACGUCAUCAGCACCGAGCUCAAGGCUGUUGCCGACGAGGAAAUGCGGGCGAUUCUUAAAGCGAUGCGAGCCAUCUUCCUCGACGAUGAGCCUUCUCUAACCUACAUCCUGGUCAACAAGCGCAUUGAAUUGCCUUAUGGUUCGGACAUGAAGGCAGCUUUCGGCAAUGCAAACAUCAUUGCAUUCUCUACCACCACCGGAAGCAAGUACGAGUACCAUGUCAUGCCGACGAUCGGCAAGGAAACCCGAGUGACGAAGGAGCAUGCAGUUCUGACAAACAAGCUCAACACAAAGUACCAACUCGACAAGCAAGCAAUUCCCUCCAUUGCACUUCCCGUUCACUACGCGCAAAAGCUGGCUCUUCGCACCUUUGACUACUUCCGCUUCGCAGUCACCAAUCAGUACGACACAGUCUCUAGCGUCCUCAGGCGUGCGAAAUAUCCCAUGACUGAAGCCGACAAGAACGAUCAAGAAACAACUAAUCUCAUCAAAGAUUAUCUUUUCGGUCUUCCUGGCGAGACCCGGACUGGCGACGUGGCAGAUGCCGAUGUUUCGAAUCGAAGUAAUCCUUGGCCGGAGCGUCUGGAUGAGACGAUGUUCUACCUCUGAGCACCGGUGACGACAAGUUCUUUUCUCUGGUUUCCUCUACUAGGUUUGCUACACAUCUCCUUUUCUCUGUUUAUCAACCGUCUUGUCGUUCUCGCGCUUCCUCCGUUUUUUGUUUUAAAUAGACUUCACGUAUUCCGCUUUGUUUUCGCGCUUGAUUUCUCCCCCUUUUGUCCUCUCUGUCGCCAUGCAACUUGGCCUGGGGCAAAGUUUGUGUUUUGAAUUUCUCUGCUUGCGUUCUGCAUUUCCGCCUGCGUGUUGAGUUUCUGCGUUGCGAUUCGGGUUGCCUAGCAUAGCUGUCUUACCAUACUCAUUCCCUCACGCAUGUAGGAGCCAUUUCAUAGAA